UUAUAUAAUUUUAAGCAAUCGUUAGAUUAAAUAUUUAAAUAAAAAUAAACAAACCCCACUGGCGCCUUUAUUUGGUGUCAUUUAUAGUUAUGGGAUAUAUAGUACAAAAUCGAUACGUAAUGUAAUCAGAGGCAAAGACACUGGAAAAUGUAAAUAUUCUGAAAUAUAAAUCCACGUACGUGAAUUGUCUAAAUUGUCCUGUCAUUAUGUUUGUUGAUCUUAUAUUCUCUAUUAAUCGAACAUCCAAAGUAAAUUAAGUUUAAUGUUGUUUGCAAACUACUGAAAGAUGAAACAUGUUAUCUUUUGACUACAUUCAACAUUUCGUUACCCGCCGUAAGUAGGUCUGAUACUGACAAUAAGUGUUUGAUGAAUGGUAGCAUCCCUCUCAUUACCGGAUGUAACACGGGUUUCAACAAUUUAAAUAAGGUUAAACAUGACAUCAGUUGCCACUGUUAACAUAAAUCUAUUACACAAAUGUUUCUCCUGUUUAAAUAAUGAACGUCAAAGGUGCAUAUUUAGCUAUUACAAAUAGGUUAUUCUUAAGGGACUUUUUAUCAAACUCGCUUUGAACAGACGAUGUGCAUUCAAAAUUAACUUGUGUACAUCAUGCUUAUGACAGCUGCAGGUUUUAAUUAUAUUCAGGGUCAAGUUGAGUGUAGUUGUUAGGAUACAUAUUGGUCAUUACAAGGUUUUCCUUUUCGUUGGACAAGGAUCAUAAGGUUGAUAAAGUGAUAGCAGCUGUCAUGCGACCUGUGGAUGGCAUCAAAUUGUACAUUCGGUCAAGAGACAACUAAUGACAAUGCUGUACUCACCUAUACGCUGAAUCUAGUCAAUACAUCCAAGAUAUUAUAAACCUACGACUUGAUGCAUGAAAAGACGUCAACAUAAACACAAUUAAUUAUGAACUCCAAAAUUAACGGAGGAAAACUUUAUGAAAACAAAAAGUCAUCAUCUUUUACGUAUAAUUUAAUUGUGUUGCAUUUGGAAACGGUAACUUGAUUAGAUCUGGAAAUACCGGUGAUAAAAUUGACGGUUUGUGUAAAAAUAAAAUAGUUUCUUCCUGAAGACACAUGUGGUACUCUUAAAAUGAAUGGUGUAAAAAAGAACUAUUGAUCUUUGUAUUGUUAAUUUUUAUUCAAUAUUUAAUUCUUUCUAAUAAUAGUGUAAUGCAAUAAACGUAAUGUUAAAACGUAAAAGAUUGGAAUUGGCUUAUUCAUACCAAAAAGCCCUGUAAAAUAUAUAUUUAGUUACUUUAUUAUACAUGAGUUAAAACAUUGCUUAGGGAAGACGAUGGGCUUCUUGUUUGACGUUUAUAUCUACUUCUUGUUCUCGAAAAUGAGUGCCCAGUUUUCUACAAGGACUUGUUGUAAGCUUGCAGUUUUGUAUCUCAAAAAGUAGUGUAUCUCUAACACAAGUAGUCUCAACGAUAGCUUCUUGUCAAAAAUGAUCCUAUAAUUAAGUUUAUUAAUUAUAAAAAUUUUAAAAUUCGGAAUUGAAUAUCAACCGUUUUUCAAUGCACUUUUUUUUUACUGCAAAAUGUGAUUUGCAUGUUAAACGUUUUUUAUUUCAAUAUAAUUAAAUUAUUUCCUUAAUCGUUUUUAUUUCUUCUCAACUAAUUAUUGUCAACGAGGCAUUCAUCUGUUACAAAACACGAGACUUUUGGUUUAUAAAGUAAGCGCUGUCCUUUGGGGCUGACUAGAGAUGGCCCAGUGUUUGUCGUCAGUGGUCCUGCUGUGGAUUUCCCUCGGGACAGUGCUUGGUGCAGGUUUCUUGGGAGUUCGUCCGCAGUCCAAUGGCGAUUGUCGAUAUGACGAUAUUAACAAAGCCCACUUUAGUUAUGAUCAGAAUCAUUGUGAGGGUCCAAUGAAGUGGUGCAAUGUCCAUCAGUGCUGGUCCACGUGUGGGUCUGACAUCAGGCAGUCGCCCAUUAACAUUCAGACCGCGGAAACCAUCAGGGAGGGGUUUGGGAAUCUACAGUUCCGCAACCUUCACCUCAGAGUUCCAGCAAAUAUCAGUAACAACGGACACUCUCCGGACUUCGAUUGCAAAGUUGAAACAGACGAGGCUCUCAGGCUGAAGAAGAAUAUCAUUCUAACCAACGUCCCUAUGCGCGGGGAUAAACAAUACAUAUUUGCCCAACUCCAUAUACACAUAGGCAACGAAACAAACCGUACGUCCGAUUCAAACAUCAAUGAUGAUGAUGAAGGAUCAGAACACUCCAUCGAUGGCCAGUUUUAUCCAAUGGAGGCUCACUUGGUGUUUUACGACAGUUCAUUCGAUAACAUAGGUGUGGCCAAACCUGUAAACGACAGUCUGGUAGUGCUCGGCGUCAUGAUAAAGGUCAGAGACGAUGACAGUGAAGAGGAAAACGAAGAAGAGGAAGACAAGAGGGAAAACGAAGAGGAGGAAGAAGACCAGGAAGAACCCGAACAAGACGAUAAAGAUCUUUGCUCGUUGGAAGAAGGUAAAAUGAACGAGAAAUUCUACAGGAAACACUGUUAUAGGAAGAGGACAAAAUGUAAGGGGAGAUUUGCCAAGAGAUUAAGUGAUAACAUGGAACACUAUUUUGAAGAGAUUCGGAACCACGACCCUGUUAAACCAGAUCUAGAGAAAUCUUCAGACGACGACAUUCGUGAAUACCAAUGUGGGGACCAUCCAGACUUGGACUUUAUUUACAACAACUGCAUGAAACGGUCCACUUAUGAAAGCAGGAACUACCGGGAGGUGGAGUCUGGAAUCUCCCCUCUGGAUGUUCUCCCUUGUGACCAGAGCUUCUACACGUAUGCCGGGUCACUGACCACUCCACCGUGUUAUGAAACGGUCCAGUGGAUUGUCUUUAAAUGCCCUAUUACUGUCUCUAAAAAGGCUUACAGAAAUUUGCAGUUAGUUGAGGAUUCAAACGAAGAUGACCUGAAAUUGCUGGGGGUUAAACGUCACAUUAUGACGAGAGGGGGUCCGGAACCCUCCCUGUCUGAGGAUCAGCUAGAACUGUUAGAGAAAUCCUGGAACUCGAUAAAGGUCAACAUAGCCAACAUAGGUGUUGUUGCUUUCAUGAAUUUAUUUCAAACUCAUCCAGAAGUAAAAGAUGCGUUCCUACCGUUCCAACAAUUGGCUGAAGAUGACAUGGAACACAGCGCCAUCUUGCGGUCACAUGCACUCCGUGUAAUGGGGACGGUAGAUAAAUGUCUGACUCGGAUACGGACGCCGGAAAAACUUCAGUCUCUUAUGCAUGAGCUCGGAGAGAGACAUGUUAACUACAACGCUAAAUACGACUUCAUUGAUAUGGUGGGAGGACAGUUUGUUCAUGCUAUCAAGCCUCAUCUACAGGACAGCUGGAGCGAGGAACUGGGAGAGGCCUGGGUGCAGCUGUUCAGGGUUCUUUGUUAUUACAUGAAGAAGGGAAUGCGCGACAACAACGCCAAUGCAGACUGACAAAUAAUGACAAAUAAUGAAUGCAAAUAGUGCUGAUUGUGACCUGGUUCCCAGAUAGUAAAUGGGUAUGACUGCUCUGACACUCCCAGUUUUGUAUUUUAUGUUAAACGACCCCCGAAAGGACUCAGUCCAUGAUUAUGUUAACAAAUAUUACGAAAUUCAUAUUUAUUCAAAUGAAACAUUUAAGUUAAUUUGAAUUAUAAUUAUACAAUGUAUUAACUCUGAAAUUUAUAUUUUUGAUGAAAAAUAAAUGUGGUUUUUUUUCAAACUCAUAGUUUUAUAACUUGGAGUAGUAAACCAUAAAUUGUUUGUUAAUGUGAAAUUAUGGAUAUUAUCUUUUAUUCAUAUCAAUAUCUGUUUUCAUUUAAGAAGAUGCAUACCGGUAUGUUUAACAUGCGAGUACCCAUUAUUGCCGAAAAAUACACGAGUUUCCUCUACUACUCUCUUCAUGUACUACAAGCUAUCAUGUAAAAUAUCUUUUCGUUAUUUUCAAUCAAUAAAUCGGUAAAAAGGUCAAAAAUUUAAAAGAACCUAACAAUAUAAGAUAAAAUGUAAGAAUAUAAAAUAAAGAAUUAUAAUAUAAACGCAAUUCAAUCAUAUUAUAAGCAAUAUUUUUUUCCAUGUCUCUGCGGCCACAUGCUCACAAAGAGGAACAUGUACUUCACAAAUCUCCGGACAAAUGAUUAAAUAUUUAAUAAAUGCAUUAUUUAUUUAUUAAAAAGCUUUUUAUUAAGUUUUAAUGUGUCCAGUAAAAGAAAUAAUGUGUGUGAAAGUUACUAGCAACGCCUCUGAUUUACAUCGCAGAUGCGUGUGGAUAAAUCUUCCAUCCGCCUCUGGUUGGAAACAUAAUGGCGUCAAACAAGCAAGCAGACGCUCCGUUUUCUUUCUUAAAUAUUGUGUAGUAGAAAUGAUAUCUUGCUUAUUUUUGUCAAAUAUCAUAACACGUAGGUAAUUAUUGUUCAAAUUUGGACCUAAACAAAAAACGCCUUGUCAUCUAAGUAGAUUACAAGUCAAACAUUCAGUGGCAUGUGUCAUCGCACGGAUACAAAUGUGAUAUGUUUCCAUAGGCUUAUCUUUGUUAAGGCGAGUUCCGAGAUGUUUGAAGAAUUUUUUUUUCAUUCACAACUCUUAUAGUGUGUUGAAAAUUCUAUUAUUUAUUUAUUUAUUUUGGUUUGUAGCUAAAAACAACGAAUAGGUAGCGGAAAUCUUGCUGUUUUUAUAACAACGGGCAAUAAUGGGUACUCGUCAAUAAUGGGUAAUAGCACGUUAUAUUGAAAUCAUUUAUCUUUGUCCAUAUUGCCUUUAAGAAAGACACCAGAUAAAAAUUUCCCUGUAUUUCUUUCCCAAUUAAUGUUUUAUCUGUAAAAUGUAUAUCAAUGUGUUUAUAAAUGUUUUAAUGUCUUAUAUGC